UUUAUAACCUACCAAGGAGAUGAUCAGAUCAAAGUCUUCCACCUGCUCUCAUCUACGAUCCAUAAUCCCUCGGUGAGGCUUCGAAGUCCUUUAAUGGCUGAAAAUUUAAAAAAAAAAAAAAACCCAAAUCCAAAUCAUCCCAACUUGUAAUUCCAACGACCCACCACUCGCCAUUUCCCUCUUCUCUGUUCUCAAUAUCUCGCGGUCCAUUUUAUUUUCCAACCCAUCUGGGCUUAGCCCUUCUUCUUCGAUUUGGUGCAUUUUCAUAGCCUAAAUCCGACGCGUCGUUUCCUUUCUCACCGUUACUUUUCUUGUAGUUCGCUACUCGCUACCCCUUUUGGUUUUUGCCCCCAUUUGCCUUUCCCCCACCCACUUCCUGUCCGGAAAAGGCAAAAGUUCUCUUGAGAAAUUGUAUUUAUUUGUGGGUUUUCAUCGAAAUCCGUGUCUGAGUUUGAAAUUUGGUUGCUCAAACUGCCGGACGAGGCACGCGGUUUUGUGAUUAAACCAAUCUUCAAGAUUUUUUUUUUUUUUUUUUUUUUUUUUUUUUUUUUUUUUUUCCGCCGGUGAUGUAGAUGACCUGAAGAAAUUGUGGGAAAUUUCGAGGUUCUGAUUUGGGUCUUUGCCGUCGGCGGCGAUGGGGGCCUCGCUUUCGAACUUGGGUGAAGCUGUUAAUGGCUCCACCAUCGGUCCUGGCCUCGGAGACAUACCAGAGAAUUGUGUCGCACGUGUUUUUCUUCACCUUACUCCGCCAGAGAUUUGCAACCUUGCACGGCUUAACAGAGCGUUUCGCGGCGCCGCCUCGUCGGAUGCUGUUUGGGAAUCAAAAUUGCCUUCAAAUUAUCAAGAUCUUCUCGAUUUCUUGCCCCCUGAACGGUAUCAAAAUCUGUCAAAAAAAGAUAUAUACGCACUGCUAUCUCGUCCGGUGCCAUUCGAUGGUGGAAAUAAAGAGGUGUGGUUGGACAGAAUCACUGGAAGGAUUUGCAUGGCGAUAUCAGCAAAGGGCAUGGCUAUAACUGGAAUUGAUGAUAGAAGAUACUGGAAUUGGAUUCCUACUGAAGAGUCUCGGUUCAAUGUUGUGGCAUAUCUGCAGCAAAUUUGGUGGUUUGAAGUAGAUGGGAUGGUGAAAUUCCCUUUUCCUGCUGAUAUCUAUACACUGACCUUCAGGCUUCACCUUGGAAGAUUCUACAAGCGGCUUGGCCGACGUGUAUGCAGCUUCGAGCAUACUCACGGUUGGGAUGUAAAGCCUGUACGGUUCGAACUGUCUACUUCUGAUGGACAGCAAGCAACACAUGAAUUCUGUUUAGAUGAGCACGGAUUUAUUGAUGUAAGUGGACACCGCAAGCGGGGGUCUUGGAUAGAAUACAAGGUAGGUGAAUUUUUGGUCAACAAGUCGGGUUCAACCACUGAAAUUAGAUUUUCCAUGAAACAGAUUGACUGCACGCAUUCUAAAGGUGGGCUUUGUGUAGAUUCUGUAUUUAUCAUUCCCAGUGUCUUGAAAGAGCGUAAAAGAUGAGGAAUUCCAAAAAAGUAGUCAACAGUCUUCUUAGUUACCUCAAAAGAUUAUAACAUGAAAAUUUACAGGUUAUACCAUUUUUAGGCUUUUAGCAAUUCGGUCGGGUCGUCUUGGUUUUCCUUGAUAGGUGUGCGUUCUUUCGUUUUUGGUUAUGUACAUUCUGUUGUCAUACAAACUGAUCAGUUUUGUUACAUUCUGUGCCAUUAACUUGAGGUAGACAAUAUUUAGGAGGAUUUGACUGAUGAUUUCUUUGGUUAUUCGAACUAAUUUUGUCUCUGCGAUCGGUCUGGUUUAUCGAUUAGCUUUGACUUUAUAUUGCUUUUAUAUUCUCUGAUGUGAACACUCUGGUGAACUAUCUAAUCGUUUGUUAUCUU